GCUGUGGUGCUAUCGUUCCAUCGGCUGUCAUUGUUUAAUGGAAGAGUCAAGCAUGGACAUAGUGAGAGACUUUGAGAAGUUGCACGUGCUGGCUUCGUACGACUUCCAGAAGAUGGAUGAGCUGGUACAGGAUCUUAGCCUUGCACUGGAGGAGUCCUCGCGCAGUAGACAGUGUGCGAGGCACGAUAAACACAAGACGCGCAAGCGUCGGCCGCGCAAGCGCCGGCCCGAGACGACGCUCUUGGUGCCCCCGUGGGAUCUUGUCAACAUGAGCGAGGCUUCGGAGAGCAGCCUGGACGAGACGUUGAAGGGCUACAUGGAGAACGUGACGCGGCAGAGCGACUCAGAGGAGAACGGUGGCGUCCCCAGCGUGCUCGUGCCGAGCAAGUCCAUCGCGCUGGUCGAGUCGGACUCCUUCACCGACAACUUCACGCCGAGGUUUUCGCGCCGGCGGCGCCGGAAGUGCAAGCGCAUGGCGGUCGACCCACAGCCGUCGCCGGGAGCUCCCGACCACGACUUCCUGAAGCCGCGGCACGUGCGCAGGACGAAGGGGAAGUCGGAUGCCGGCGACGCGAGGAGCGCGAAUCGCUUCACGGCGCACACGGCGCCGGGCAAGCGCAAACGAAUCUCCAACUUCCCCGACAAGCGCACGACGGAGUGCGACGAUGCAGAGGGUGCCGCUAGCAAGAGGGACACGCCGCAGCGAGAUGGAGAGGCGAUGGACUUCAGUGGUGAGGAGUCACAGAGCGAUGGCUGUAGCAGUUGUAGCAGUUUGAGCAGCAGUGAAAGUGACCUUGGAGUCUACACCAAUGACGAAGGCCGAGAAGCUGACGAUGAGCAGAGUGACUACUACCAUGAGGCCGGCUCGACGUGUGGAAUACCUGAUGUCAAAGAUUGGUGGGAGCUAGACCAGCAGUGUAUCAGUCGCUACAACAGAGUAAAGCACAAGUGA